AUGACUCUUAUUUCUAAAGAUAAAAGAGUGACUCAAAAACUAUCGAGCGUCCUCGAAAACUAUCGAGCAUGCUCGAAAACUAUCGAGCGCCCUCGAUCACUUUCGAGCAUUCCCGAUCACUUUCGAGCAUUCCCGAUCACUUUCGACCAUCCUCGAUCACUUUCGAGCAUCCUCGAUCGCUUUCCAGCGUCCUCGAAAACUAUCGAGAGUCCUCGAAACCUAUCGAGCGUCCUCGAAAACUAUCGAGCAUCCUCGAUCACUUUCGAGCGUCCUCGAAACCUAUCGAGCGUCCACGAUCACUUUCGAGCGUCCUCGAAAACUAUCGAGCGUCCUCGAAACCUAUCGAGUGUCCUCGAAAACUAUCGAGCGUCCUCGAUCACUUUCGAGCGUCCUCGAAAACUAUCGAGCGUCCUCGAUCACUUUCGAGCGUCCUCGAAAACUAUGGAGCGUCCUCGAUCACUUUCGAGCGUCCUCGAAAAUUAUCGAGCGUCCUCGAUCACUUUCGAGCGUCCUCGAAAACUAUCGAGCGUCCUCGAAAACUAUCGAGCGUCCUCGAAAACUAUCGAGCGUUCUCGAAACCUAUCGAGCGUCCCCGAAAACUAUCGAGCGUCCUCGAUCACUUUCGAGCGUCCUCGAUCACUUUCGAGCGUCCUCGAAAACUAUCGAGUGUCCUCGAAAACUAUCAAGCGGUCUCGAUCACUUUCGAGCGUCCUCGAUCACUUUCGAGCAUCCUCGAAAACUAUCGAGCGUCCUCGAAAACUAUCGAGAGUCCUCGAAAAUUAUCGAGCGUCCUCGAUCACUUUCAAGCAUCCUCGAUCACUUUCGAGCGUCCUCGAAACCUAUCGAGCGUCCUCGAUCACUUUCGAGCGUCCUCGAAAACUAUCGAGCGUCCUCGAAACCUAUCGAGUGUCCUCGAAAACUAUCGAGCGUCCUCGAUCACUUUCGAGCGUCCUCGAAAACUAUCGAGCGUCCUCGAUCACUUUCGAGCGUCCUCGAAAACUAUGGAGCGUCCUCGAUCACUUUCGAGCGUCCUCGAAAAUUAUCAAGCGGUCUCGAUCACUUUCGAGCGUCCUCGAUCACUUUCGAGCAUCCUCGAAAACUAUCGAGCGUCCUCGAAAACUAUCGAGCGUCCUCGAAAACUAUCGAGAGUCCUCGAAACCUAUCGAGCGUCCUCGAACACUAUCGAGCGUCCUCGAUCACUUUCGAGCGACCUCGAAACCUAUCGAGCGUCCUCGAUCACUUUCGAGCGUCCCCGAAAACUAUCGAGCGUCCUCGAAAACUAUCGAGCGUCCUCGAUCACUUUCGAGCGUCCUCGAAAACUAUCGAGCGUCCUCGAAAACUAUCGAGAGUCCUCGAAACCUAUCGAGCGUCCUCGAAAACUAUCGAGCAUCCUCGAUCACUUUCGAGCGUCCUCGAAACCUAUCGAGUGUCCUCGAAAACUAUCGAGCGUCCUCGAUCACUUUCGAGCGUCCUCGAAAACUAUCGAGCGUCCUCGAUCACUUUCGAGCGUCCUCGAUCAUUUUCGAGCGACCUCGAAACCUAUCGAGCGUCCUCGAUCACUUUCGAGCGUCCCCUAAAACUAUCGAGCGUCCUCGAAAACUAUCGAGCGUCCUCGAUCACUUUCGAGCGUCCUCGAAAAUUAUCGAGGACGCUCGAAAACUAUCGAGCGUCCUCGAAAACUAUCGAGCGUCCUCGAUCACUUUCGAGCGUCCUCGAUCACUUUCGAGCGUCCUCGAAAAUUAUCGAGCGUCCUCGAAAACUAUCGAGCGUCCUCGAUCACUUUCGAGCGUCCUCGAUCACUUUCGAGCGUCCUCGAAACCUAUCGAGCGUCCUCGAUCACUUUCGAGCGUCCUCGAAAACUAUCGAGCGUCCUCGAAAACUAUCGAGCGUCCUCGAUCACUUUCGAGCGUCCUCGACACUAUUCGAGCGUCCUCGAAAACUAUCGAUGUCCUCGAAAAACUAUCGAGCGUCUCGAUCACUUUCGAGCAUCCUCGAAAUCUAUCGAGCGUCCUCGAAAACUAUCGAGAGUCCUCGAAACCUAUCGAGCGUCCUCGAAAACUAUCGAGCAUCCCAUCACUUUCGAGCGUCCUCGAAACCUAUCGAGUGUCCUCGAAAACUAUCGAGCGUCCUCGAUCACUUUCGAGCGUCCUCGAAACCUAUCGAGCGUCCUCGAUCACUUUCGAGCGUCCUCGAAAACUAUCGACAUCCUCGAUCACUUUCGAGCGUCCUCGAAAUUAUCGAGCGUCCUCGAUCACUUUCGAGCGUCCUCGAUCACUUUCGAGCGUCCUCGAAAACUAUCGAGUGUCCUCGAAAACUAUCGAGCGGUCUCGAUCACUUUCGAGCAUCCUCGAAAUCUAUCGAGCGUCCUCGAAAACUAUCGAGAGUCCUCGAAACCUAUCGAGCGUCCUCGAAAACUAUCGAGCAUCCUCGAUCACUUUCGAGCGUCCUCGAAACCUAUCGAGCGUCCUCGAUCACUUUCGAGCGUCCUCGAUCAUUUUCGAGCGACCUCGAAACCUAUCGAGCGUCCUCGAUCACUUUCGAGCGUCCUCGAAAACUAUCGAGCAUCCUCGAUCACUUUCGAGCGUCCUCGAAAAUUAUCGAGCGUCCUCGAAAACUAUCGAGCAUCCUCAAUCACUUUCGAGCGUCCUCGAAAAUUAUCGAGCGUCCUCGAAAACUAUCGAGCGUCCUCGAUCACUUUCGAGCGUCCUCGAUCACUUUCGAGCGUCCUCGAAACCUAUCGAGCGUCCUCGAAAACUAUCGAGCGCCCUCGAUCACUUUCGAGCGUCCUCGAAACCUAUCGAGCGUCCUCGAAAACUAUCGAGCGCCCUCGAUCACUUUCGAGCGUCCUCGAUCACUUUCGAGCGUCCUCGAAAACUAUCGAGCGUCCUCGAAAACUAUCGAGCGUCCUCGAUCACUUUCGAGCGUCCUCGAUCACUUUCGAGCGUCCUCGAAAAUUAUCGAGCGUCCUCGAAAACUAUCGAGCGUCCUCGAUCACUUUCGAGCGUCCUCGAUCACUUUCGAGCGUCCUCGAUCACUUUCGAGCGUCCUCGAAACCUAUCGAGCGUCCUCGAUCACUUUCGAGCGUCCUCGAAAACUAUCGAGCGUCCUCGAAAACUAUCGAGCGUCCUCGAUCACUUUCGAGCGUCCUCGAUCACUUUCGAGCGUCCUCGAAAACUAUCGAGUGUCCUCGAAAACUAUCGAGCGGUCUCGAUCACUUUCGAGCAUCCUCGAAAACUAUCGAGCGUCCUCGAAAUCUAUCGAGCGUCCUCGAAAACUAUCGAGAGUCCUCGAAACCUAUCGAGCGUCCUCGAAAACUAUCGAGCAUCCUCGAUCACUUUCGAGCGUCCUCGAAAACUAUCGAGCGUCCUCGAUCAUUUUCGAGCGACCUCGAAACCUAUCGAGCGUCCUCGAUCACUUUCGAGCGUCCUCGAAAACUAUCGAGCGUCCUCGAUCACUUUCGAGCGUCCUCGAAAAUUAUCGAGCGUCCUCGAUCACUUUCGAGCGUCCUUGAAAACUAUCGAGCGUCCUCGAAAACUAUCGAGCGUCCUCGAAAACUAUCGAGCGUCCUCGAAAACUAUCGAGUGUCCUCGAAAACUAUCGAGCGGUCUCGAUCACUUUCGAGCGUCCUCGAUCACUUUCGAGCGUCCUCGAAAACUAUCGAGUGUCCUCGAAAACUAUCGAGCGGUCUCGAUCACUUUCGAGCGUCCUCGAAAACUAUCGAGCGUCCUCGAAAACUAUCGAGCGUCCUCGAAAACUAUCGAGAGUCCUCGAAACCUAUCGAGCGUCCUCGAAAACUAUCGAGCAUCCUCGAUCACUAUCGAGCGUCCUCGAAAACUAUCGACAUCCUCGAAAAUUAUCGAGCGUCCUCGAUCACUUUCGAGCGUCCUUGAAAACUAUCGAGCAUCCUCGAUCACUUUCGAGCGUCCUCGAAACCUAUCGAGUGUCCUCGAAAACUAUCGAGCGUCCUCGAAAACUAUGGAGCGUCCUCGAUCACUUUUGAGCGUCCUCGAUCACUUUCGAGCGACCUCGAAACCUAUCGAGCGUCCUCGAUCUCUUUCGAGCGUCCCCGAAAACUAUCGAGCGUCCUCGAAAACUAUCGAGCGUCCUCGAUCACUUUCGAGCGUCCUCGAAAACCAUCGAGCGUUCUCGAAACCUAUCGAGCGUCCUCGAAAACUAUCGAGCGUCCUCGAUCACUUUCGAGCGUCCUCGAAAACUAUCGAGCGUCCUCGAUCACUUUCGAGCGUCCUCGAAACCUAUCGAGCGUCCUCGAUCACUUUCGAGCGUCCUCGAAAACUAUCGAGCGUCCUCGAUCACUUUCGAGCGUCCUCGAAAACUAUCGAGCGUCCUCGAUCACUUUCGAGCGUCCUCGAAACCUAUCGAGCGUCCUCGAAAACUAUCGAGCGUCCUCGAUCACUUUCGAGCGUCCUCGAAAACUAUCGAGCGUCCUCGAUCACUUUCGAGCGUCCUCGAAAACUAUCGAGCGUCCUCGAUCACUUUCGAGCGUCCUCGAAACCUAUCGAGCGUCCUCGAAAACUAUCGAGUGCCCUCGAUCACUUUCGAGCGUCCUCGAUCACUUUCGAGCGACCUCGAAACCUAUCGAGCGUCCUCGAUCACUUUCGAGCGUCCUCGAAAACUAUCGAGCGUCCUCGAUCACUUUCGAGCGUCCUCGAAAACUAUCGAGCGUCCUCGAUCACUUUCGAGCGUCCUCGAAAACUAUCGAGCGUCCUCGAUCACUUUCGAGCGUCCUCGAAACCUAUCGAGCGUCCUCGAAAACUAUCGAGCGCCCUCGAUCACUUUCGAGCGUCCUCGAUCACUUUCGAGCGUCCUCGAAACCUAUCGAGCGUCCUCGAAAACUAUCGAGCGUCCUCGAUCACUUUCGAGCGUCCUCGAAAACUAUCAAGCGUCCUCGAUCACUUUCGAGCGUCCUCGAAAACUAUCGAGCGUCCUCGAUCACUUUCGAGCGUCCUCGAAACCUAUCGAGCGUCCUCGAUCUUUUUCGAGCGUCCUCGAAAACUAUCGAGCGUCCUCGAUUACUUUCGAGCGUCCUCGAAAAAUAUCGGUGGCCCUCGAUCACUUUCGAGCGUCCUCGAAACCUAUCGAGCGUCCUCGAUCACUUUCGAGCGUCCUCGAUCGCUUUCGAGCGUCCUCGAAAACUAUCGAGAGUCCUUGAAACCUUUCGAGCGUCCUCGUGUUUAUAAGCGUAAGAGAGCCAUGCGUCGGCACGAAUGA